AUGCGUGCAAAGAUCCAAUCGUUUUUCAGCAACAAUAGACAAUAUGCCGUUGUCGGAGCCAGUAACAAUCCUUCUAAAUUUGGUUUCAAAAUUUUGAAUUGGUAUGAUAAACAUGGUUUACCAGUGAUACCAAUCAACCCUAAAGAAGAAGAAAUCCUUGGAAUUCGAGUAGUUAAUAAUAUUAACAAAGUUUUGGAAUCUAUUCAAUCCCAUCAAGAUAUUUUGACUCAUAAGACUUCCAACGUCGAUGGUUUAAGUAUUUCAUUUUUAACCCCACCUCGUAUUACUGCUGCUACUCUCAAGGCAAUUGCUAGUAUUGAUGGUUAUAAAGACAUAGUUAAAGGUGUAUGGUUACAGCCAGGUAGUUAUGAUCAAGAAGUUUUAGAUGUUGUUCAGGAAAUUGGUCUUUAUGAUAAGGCAGUACAUGAAGAAGAAUGUAUUUUAGUUAGAGGUGAAGAAGGACUUGAAGCUGCAAAUGUAUCUUACACUUGUAAAUUAUAA